CUCCCCACCGUCCACGCCACGGGCCAUCUCCUCCGACAAACGCGGCCGCCCUCUCCUCGCGCACCGCUCGUUUAUAAGCUCUUCGCGCUCCUCCCAUGCACGCAUGAUUUGUUUCCCGCCGCACGAGUCCACCACCGAGGACGACGAACAGGCCGGGCCCGACGCGAGUCGCCACAGUUGAGGGGGUGGAGAGAGCGGCGAGUCCACGCGCGCGCCGAUGGAGAUGAAGCGGUCCGCCGACUCUGACAGGAAGAAGCGCCCGCCGAGCCGGCUCCAGAAGCACGCCCCCGCGACGCUGCGGCUCGAGCCGCCCGCCGCCCCGUCGCCCACCGGCGCGUGGGGCGACGGAAGGACGCCGAUACCGCUCCUGUCCCCGCUCGUCGUGUCGCCGUCGGUGGCGUGGGAGGCGGCCGACCAGCAGGCCGGGGCGCCCAGGAGGGAGGGCGGCUUGCAGCUGCAGCAGCAGCAGCAGGGUCGGGAAGGCAGCGGCGCCGCACGUGCGCACGGAUGCAGCAACGGGGACCGCCAGGCGGAUGACGCGGCGAAGGCCCCCGCGCCCUGCGGUGGUGGGUGGCGGCACCCGGCGCUUCCGACGCCGGUGGCGGAGCCGGCGUCCCUGCUGCCGUUCUUCCAGUCGCAGUGCGCGCUCGAGGUGCACAACGCGCAGCAAUGAGGAUCGAAGAGCGCUCGCCGCCGUUUCCUCUCCCAUUUGUAGCUUUGUCCUGUAUAAAUCGGAUCGCCAUCCCUUGUGUGUACGCCAACUUGGCGGUCAUUUUGAUCAGUUCGAUCGAUGGCACGAUGGGAUUGUUGUUCUCUCUGAAAAGGGCUUGUCACUGCACCAAUUAUGGCAUAUUAGUUAGUCGUUGACGACUGCUAAUUUGAUGUAAUAAAUCACAGUCAUUGACAUGCAGAUAACACUCUCUUGAUCUGUUGUCUUCACGA